UAUUCAAUAUAUUUUGAGUGGAAAACGAAGCAUUUGAGUCCACAUUUCACUCCUCUAAAGGUUCUAGCAAACGGCGACAAUGUAUGGAGCUAAGAACAAAGGUCAGUAUUUCUCAAACCAACCCUAGUUUAUCACUCAAACGAAACCUAAAUCUUCAAUCUGGAGCCACCAAUAAAAUCUAGUGUUUUAUUUCAAAUCCACAUUUUCAGCUACGACUAAUAUUGCACUGAAGCUGUUUGAACAAAGUACUGAGUGAAACCUUCCCAGUGCUGUAAUUGAUAAUCUCCGAAAUGGCUUUCCAGUCACUCUUCUCUAAGCACAAAAUCUUAGCCUCUUACAUUUUCCCUCUUGUUCAACACAAGUUCCUUCAAUCUUUCCCAACCCCACAAAUUUCUACCCCAAUUCUACCUGAACUUGUCAAUGAGAUAUCUCGUAUAGUCAGUGAUCACCGUCACCCUCACCAUGAUCUACAACUCUCUCUCACUCCAUUUUCAUCACAAGUUUCCACUGAUUUAGUUGAACAGGUUUUGAAAAGGUGCAAUCACCUUGGCUUUUCAGCCCACAGAUUCUUUCUUUGGGCUAAAUCAAUUCCGGGUUUUGAACACAGUGUCGAAAGCUUCCAUAUUUUGGUAGAAAUCUUAGGAAGGUCUAAACAAUUUGCUAUACUUUGGGAUUUUCUUAUAGAAAUGAGGGAGUCUGAGUCUUCUAGUUGUAAAAUCAGUAAUGAAAUUUUCUGGAUCAUUUUCACUGCGUAUAGCCGAGCUGAUUUGCCGGAUGGUGCUAUUCGGUCUUUUGUUCGAAUGGAUGAAUUUGGAAUCAAGCCUAGUAUUAUUGAUUUUGAUUUGCUUUUGUUCACUUUAUGCAAAAAGAAACGUGUCAAGGAAGCUCAACAAUUUUUUGAUCAGACUAAGAGCCGUUUCUCGUUAACUGCUAAAACUUACAGCAUUUUGAUUUCUGGAUGGGGUAAGGUUGGUGAUUCGGGGAAGGCCCGCGAGCUUUUUGAAGCAAUGCUUGAGCAAGGAUGUGAUGUUGAUUUGCUUGCUUAUAAUAAUAUGUUAGAUGCCCUUUGCAAAGGAGGCCAUGUGGAUGAAGCUAUGGAUUUUUUUAACGAUGUGUUGUCGAAGAAUGUUGAGCCAGAUGCGUUUACUUACUCAAUAUUCAUUCGUUCGUACUGUGAUGCAGAUAAUGUGCAUUCGGCUUUCGGGGUUCUUGACAAAAUGAGAAGAUGUAACCUUUUUCCAAAUGUGUUUACAUACAACUGUCUUAUAAAGCGGCUUUGUAAGAAUAAAAAGUUGGAAGAAGCUUAUCAGUUGUUGGAUGAAAUGAUUUAUAGUGGAAUAAAACCCGACACUUGGAGUUAUAAUGCAAUACAAGCUUACCAUUGUGAUAAUUGUGAGGUCAAUAGGGCUCUAAAGUUGAUAUCUAGAAUGGAGAAAGAUGAUUGUCUUCCUGACCGCCAUACGUAUAACAUGGUGCUGAAAUUACUGAUUAGGAUAGGAAGGUUUGACAAGGCAACUGAAGUUUGGGAAACCAUGGGGGACAGGAAAUUUUAUCCUUCUGUCUCGACAUACUCGGUCAUGAUUCAUGGUCUUUGUAAGAAGAGGGGAAAGCUAGAGGAGGCAUGUAAGUACUUUGAGAUGAUGAUUGAUGAAGGAAUACCACCUUAUGUUACUACCAUCGAAAUGCUAAGGAAUCGGCUCUUGGGCUUAGGGCUGUUGGAUAACAUUGAAAUUCUUGCUAAUAAGAUGAGGCAGAGUACUUCAUGUUCAAUUCAAGAAUCCGCAAAUAUAAUGAUUGGCGCUAGAACAGCUCGCAAAACUUCAAGACGCGAUGAGUCAGACAUAGAAAGUGAUUGAAAAAAUGGUUAGGGUAACACCAUCCACUGUCUGAACCAACUCCUCCAACGCCUGGGAUAUAUCUUCUGUCAUAUGGAUCGUCAGCUAAAUUAUCCAUGCCAUAUACAGCCCUCGGAACAUCUUCUAAGACUAUGGGACACUAUCACCCAUCAUCAGGGACCUCUCUUCACUUUGAAGAAUCACUUCAACAAUUACAAGUCCCCGAACAGGUUGUAGUCUGAUUGAAGUUCAAGCUAACUCUAACUGUUUCUGAUUUUCUUUGAAUUUUAGUAUCUUAGAUGCUUACUUCUGAUGUGCAGAAUCACUAGGUAUUUCUGAGGAGUCUGUACUGGAAUAUUUUUUUAUUUAUUCAUCAGGGACUUUAGAGUUAUUUUAAUUUAUUCAUGUAAUUCUACCUGUAAUAUUUAAUAGUUAAUAUAGUACAACAUGUUAUUGAA